UGUGUCAGCAUGUGGAGAGCGGGCCUCCUGGUGCUGACCCUGUGCGCCGCCCUGACACUGGCCCAGUUCCCGCGGGAGUGCGUCACGCCCGAGGGGCUGCGCAGCGGACAGUGCUGCCCGUCGGUCUCUGGGGCGGCGGGGGACGAGUGCGGCUCCAGCACCGGACGGGGCCAGUGCGUGUCCAUUGCGGCUGACAACCGGCGUCACGGGCCGCAGUACCCCUACGCUGGGCGCGACGACAGAGAGCGGUGGCCGCUGAGGUUCUUCAACCGCACUUGCCAGUGUAAUGGGAAUUUCAGCGGCUACAACUGUGGGCGGUGUCGACACGGACUGACUGGACCGAACUGCGAUCAGAGGAUCUCUGUGGUCAGGAGGAAUAUCAUGCAGAUGAGCGCCGCUGAGAAGCAGGCGUUUGUGAACGCUCUGGACCAGGCGAAGAGGACCGUCCACCCUGAAGUGGUCAUUUGUACAAGACGGUACCAGGAUGUGUUCGGGCCUGAUGGCAACACCCCGCAAUUUGAGAACAUCACCAUUUACAACUACUUUGUUUGGAGCCACUACUACUCAGUCAGUAAGACGUACCUGGGGCCCGGCGAGGCCAGCUUCGGAGGCGUGGACUUCUCCCACGAAGGGCCCGGUUUUGUCACGUGGCAUCGGUUUCAGCUGCUGCAGCUGGAGAGAGACAUGCAGGACAUGCUGGCUGACCCCACCUUUGCCCUGCCCUACUGGAACUUUGCCAUCGGAGGCAGCGAGUGCGACAUCUGCACCGACGACCUGCUGGGGGCCAGGAGCGCGUUCGAUAUGAACUCCAUCAGCUCCAACUCCGUGUUCUCCCAGUGGAGGGUCAUCUGCGAGAGCGUGGAGGACUAUGACACACUCGGCACCAUCUGCAACAGCACCGAGACCAGUCCCAUCAGGAGGAACCCAGCAGGCAACGUGGCUCGGCCCAUGGUGCAGCGGCUGCCAGAGCCGCAGGACGUGUUGGACUGUCUGGAGCUCAACACCUUCGAUACUCCUCCUUACUACUCCACCUCCUCCGAGAGCUUCAGGAAUACAAUUGAAGGCUACAGCGCCCCCCGGGGGAUGUACGAUCCAGUGAUCCGCAGCCUCCACAACUUGGCCCACCUCUUUCUCAAUGGCACGGGCGGACAGACUCACCUCUCACCCAAUGACCCCAUCUUUGUCCUGCUGCACACCUUUACAGAUGCAAUCUUUGAUGAGUGGCUCAACAGACACGCUCCAGGUGAAAUAGUGUAUCCGGAGGAGAACGCCCCAAUCGGACACAACCGCAGGUUCAACAUGGUUCCUUUCUGGCCUCCUGUCACAAAUGCCGAGAUGUUCGUCCCUGCUUCAGACAGCCUCGGGUACUCAUAUGAGGUCCAGUGGCCAGCUCGUGCCUUCACCCUGUCUGAGAUCAUCACUGUAGCGGUUGUUGCAGCAGUGCUGGUUGUGGCUAUAGUGGGUGGUGUUAUUGCCUGUGCCGUGCGAGCUCGCUCCUACCGCUCAGCCGAGGCCUUGGAGCCUCUGCUGGGAGAAACUUUCAGGCGCUACUCGGAGGAUGACCACAGGUUGAACAAAUCACAGUCUGUUGUCUAAAGUCACGCCUUUUAAGGAGGCCUUAACAUUGUCAUGCAUUUGUUCUGCAUUUGUUUUUUAUUCUCAAAUUUACUCU